AUGUCCUCCAUACUCUUCUGGGGACUCACCGUAGUCACCGCCAUCACCGUCACCGUUCACCUCCUUACCUUCCUCGGCCAGGUCCUCAAACAACCCGCCCUCGAGUAUUACGGCCGCUCCAUAGCCUCUUUCUCUGCUCUGUUCCUGUGCGCGACCUAUGGUACCAUCGCCUCAGCAUGCCUCAACGUCGCCGGCUAUGGAGGACUGGGUCAGUGGACGACUGCUCGAAGCUUCAAGUGGAUCAUGCUGCUUUUCACGGGCGUCUGGUUUGAUAUACGACAGGAAGAUGGCGGAGACUGGUUGAAUCAAACGAGGCCUGCUGUUUUUGUCGGAAAUCACCAGACGGAGUUGGACGUUUUGUUUCUUGGACAUGCUUUUCCCAAGUAUUGUUCUGUUACUUCGAAAAAGAGUCUGAGCUAUGUGCCGUUCCUUGGGUGGUUCAGUAAGUGCAUAUCACGAAGCAAGAAUUGGAUAUGGUAGAUUGGAUGGGCUGAUUGGUGACAGUGUCGCUCUCGAAAACUGUCUUUAUCGAACGAUCCUCCCGCGAACAGGCCGUUGCUGCUUUCGCCAAGGCGGCAGAGCAGAUGCAUUCCGGCGGCCAAUCAGUAUACAUCUUUCCCGAGGGAACGCGAUCCUACUACGACCAUCCCGACUUGCUUCCGUUCAAAAAGGGAGCUUUCCAUCUCGCGGUCCAAGCCCAGGUCCCAAUCGUGCCAAUCGUGGUCGCGAAUUACAGCAAUGUUUUGAACGUCAAAAGAAAGUUCUUCAGGCCUGGAGUCAUUCCUGCUAGGGUGUUGAAGCCUAUCUCGACGAAAGGAAAGACGAAGGAAGACGUAGAUGCCCUGCUGGAAGAGACAAGAAGUAAGAUGUUGAAGGUCCUGAAGGAGAUCACAGUCACAGCGAGGGAGCAGGGAAUUGCGGUUAAGAAGGAGGAGGUUAGCGGAAGACAUGCGAACGCCAUGGGUGCUACCAGUGGAGUUGAUAUUGCGAAGGCAUAG